AUGACAGAAAAGAGAGCUGUACACCUGCAAUUUCAAGGAGAUAACCCGGACGGCAAGUCGGAGGACCGCGCCAUGCCCCCGGUUCUGGUGCCGAUCAUGGCUGUGGGUAUGACAUCCGUACCCGGCGGCGUCUGCCUCCUAGGGAAGGACACGGUUGUCUACCCCGUGGGCCGGUCCUUGGCGAUGUACUGCCCCUCCCAGCUGUCCACUGUGCGCAUCAGCGAGCCGCUGCGGGCGGUACGCGGCAUCACCGCCCUCGCCCUGUCCCCCAACAAGAAGAUCCUGGCGGCGGCGGAGAGCAUGGCGGAGGGGUAUACACCCCAGGUUACGCUGUUCGACGCCACCACCCUGGAGCGUUCCUUGACCUUGACCGCCUCCACCACCACGGGCACCUACACCUACCUGGCCUUCUCCGCGGACUCCUCCCUGCUGCUGGCGACCGCUACGGAGGAGGGCGGCGGAGGCGGAGGCGGAGGCGGAGGCGGUUCGUCUGGCGCAGCUUCCCUCACCUCCACCUUCCACUUGUGGGAAUGGGCCAGCGCCACCACACCUAGGUGCAGCGGCGCCAUGAACCGCGGAGAGGUGGCUAUUCGGGCGGCAUUGGACCCGCGGUACGAUGCCAACGUGCUGGUCAUGUGCGCCAAGUCGGUGGGCCUGUUCAGGCAAUCCCCCAACGGCUUCAAGAGGCACCCCGUGGAAGGGCUGGAGAUGGCGUUGCGUGAAGCCGCCUUUGUGGAUUUGGCGACUCUGUCAGACGGCCGCUUCCUCAUCGCCACGUCCAGUCGCCAGGUGUUUCUGGUGGACCGCACUCACGCCCAUCUGGCCUUCUACACCGACCGCCCGGUGGCCUGCAUGGUGGGGCUGCCGGACGGAGCCGUGGCGGUGGGCACGGAGAGAGGCUACCUGCAGCUGUACCGCAGAUCAGGCAACAACGAAACAGCGCACUAUUGUGGGUGCGCUAUCUACUCGGAGACACGGGUUCCCGAAACGGUGCUCAGUGUUUCCCUGGACAACCAUGUUCGAGCUAUGGCUGUGGGGCCGGGAGGGGAGACGUUGCUGUGCGCCACAGCGGGUGGCGGCCCCACCUACUUGUUCAACCUGGCUUAUGCACGGACGCUGGCGCUCUCAUCCGACCCCGCCAAUGAUCUGUGGGAGGUGCUACUGCCGGGAUGUCACGAGCAGGGCAUUAUCUCCGCAUCGCUGGCCUACAAGCGCGACUUCCUGGCCACCGCGUCCAAGGACCUCACCGUGCGGGUUUGGCAGACCUCCCCCCUGCGCCUCGUGCUCACCCACAUGUGCCACCACUCGCCUCUGUCCCUGUCCAUCGACCCGUACGGCCGGGAGCUGGUGGUUGCUUACGUAGAUGGAGUACGGUGCUACUCCAUUGUGGAGGGGCUGCUGCGGCAGUUGGCGGUGUUGGCGGGGCACUACGAGGCGGUGUUGGAUGUAUCUUGGAGUGAUGACGGGCUGUACCUGGCGACAGCCGGGGAGGGCGCGGUCUUCACUUGGGCUAUGGACGGCUUCAGCAGGGUGCAGGAAAACACCUCGAAGCUGUACCUCAAUGACGCCAUCGCCUGUACACCGGACUUCCGUACACUGGCCGUGGGCGACACCACGCAGGGAUUGCGCAUCAUGGAAACCAACCGAACCACGGCUCAGUUGGGGCCCAACGGCGCGUCGGAGCCCGACACGCCACCCGACACGCCGGCGGACAACGCCGGCGGCAACGGUGUCAGUGCCGGCGGCGCCGCCGCCGCCACGGCGGCGGCUACGGUUGCGGCAUCCCCCUCUACGCCAGGCAAGCACGGUGGCGGGAAUGGCACCAGUGCCGGCGGCGCCGCCGCCGCCGGCGGAGGUGGCGGCGGCGGCGGCGGCUCCCCGGGUGCUGACGUGUUUCGUGUCCCCGGCCGGGCGUCUUUGGUUCCUAUAGGCGCGGAUCCGGGGGGUGGGUCGGCGGCGACGCCGGGGCAUCGGAGCGGCAAGAUCAUGCGACUGCACGGCGGCCCUAUGGCCGUACUGUCCGCUGGCUACGCGGUCAUUCUAGGUACAGGCGUGCUAGGGCGCGUUCGGAUGUGUCCCCUGCGGCCCCGCGGUAACGAUGACGUGGACGAGUACUUCAUGCACGCGGCAGACGUGACUCAGCCUGGGCGGCCGUGGCGGCGGCCGCCGCCGCCGCCACCAGCAGCGGCGGCGGCGCUGACGCCACCGCCGCCACAGCUGCCACCACCACCGCCGCCUCCUUCACGACAAUCCAUACCCGGCGGCGGCGGCGGCGGCAUGACGUUGACCAACCGGUCCAUAUCAGGCCUGGCGGCGGCGGCCCUCGCGGGCCAGUUGGGGACUCACGCGGAGCGUACGACAGCGGCGCACCGCCUGAUGCAGCUGCUUAUGUCAGCGGCAGCCGCCGGCGGGAAGGCGCCGGUGGGCGUGGCGGCGGGGGCGGGACCGGCGGCGGCGGCGUCCGCCGGCGGCCCCAGCGCGGACGGAAGCGUCGGCGGCGGUGCGCCGGCAGCGCAGCUGAUUGUUAGUGUACGGGCGGUGGACCUGCAGAACCUGAAGGAGAGUCAGAGGGAGCUCAAGGACCGAUUAGCCAAGGCGGCCACGGAGGCCGAGUACAAGAUGUACGAACGGGAACAGGCUGUUCGCCGUGAGUUCGAGGGUGAGGUGUCCCGUCUGCGUCACGAGGUGGAGGUGCUGAGAGCGGACCUGGAGUACACCCGCACCACAGCCAACGACGAGGCGGCCAUGACCCGGGACUUCGAGCGCGCGCUUCGAGAGCAGCAAGACAUGUUUGAAAAGAAGUUGGCCGCGGAGAUUUCCCGUACAGAUGCCGCUGAGCGAGAGAUGCAGCGCCUGCGGGCCAAGUUUGGUCGCAAGCUGUGGCAGUUGGACGAGCAGCAGGGGGCCAUUGUACGGGAAGCAACGGAACGGCAGUCGGAGUUGGAGCAAAUUAUUGAGGCAACCAAGCAAGAUGCACAGAAAGCCAUCGCCGCCGCGCACAUCCAGACGGAACAGGAGCUGCGGAUAGACGGGGAGCUGAACGAGGAGGAGCUGCAGCGGGCGGCGGAUGCGGCUCAGAAACAGUUGGAGGAGAAGGACGAGGCCUACCUGAAGCUGCUGGCCAAGCACACCCUGCAGUCGGGACUGAACGCCAAGACCACGCAGGAGAACGAGCGGCUCAGGGUGGAGGCGGAGGCGCUCAGGAAGGAGAACACCAGGCUGGCGGAGCAGGUCAUGGCGCUUACUGAGGAGCUGGAGGCGAUGCAGAACGCCUGGGCUGACCGCGACGCCCGUCAGCGACACCAGGAUGCGGAGAUGAAGGACCUGGCCUUCCAGUGGCAGCAGUCGCAGCUCUUCUCGACCCUGGCCACAAGCCGCAUAAAGGAGCUCAACAACGAGCUGGAGCCCAUCAAGGCCAGCAGGACGGAGGCCCUGGCCCAUGUGGCACAGAUGGAGUCGGUUGCCCAGCGGCAGUUGGAGCGGCAGGCCAAGGUGGUUUCGGAGAACGCCUCCCUGCAGUCGCGACUUGAUGCCGCGUACGAUGAACUUAAAAAGGCAAGUGUCAAGGGCGACAUGUUGGAGCGGGAGGCCUACUUCAAGAACUUCACCACGCAGCUAUUCAGAACCAUCCAGGACGUGCCACACCAACACUGGCCCAAACUUUUUGGCCGCCUCAUAGACGAUUACCACAAGGGCCGGGAUAAGGCCUCCUGGUCCAGGUACCUGGCGCCAGAUCAUGGACCCAAUGCACAUCCGCCCCCCGAGGAGAGCUCCAGGGUGGGUGGUGCGAAUCAGCCGGGGGGGGCCCCGGCGUCCGACGCCGCCGCCACCGCCGCCGAAUACAACGAGAAGAUCGCCGAGCUGCACGCCCAGCUGAUCCACACGGAGAAGAUGUUGUCCUUGCUGACGGACACCAAGGACAAGGCGGACAAGGCGCGCAGGGCGGUGGUAUCGAAGCUCAUGGCGGACAACCUAAUGGCGGUACAAGAGCUCAACGACGUGAAGCGGGACCUCAAGGCCGCUAGGGAGCUCGCGGAGAAGCGCUCCAUCGAGCUGGCGGACCUGCGGAUGAGCCUUGCCGUGGCGGGGACCGUCACGACGCAGGUCACCAGUCAGGGGUCGACGACACAGCUGCCUGGCGGCGGCGGCGGCGGCGGCGGCGUUGGGGAUAGCUACCCGCAGGGCCUCGCGGGUCGUGCCAUGGCGAGGUUGCCGUCGCGGUUCAGCGACGCCAGCAAGAACACCAGCGGCUCCGCCGCCGCUGCGGAGGCGGCGACGACGACGACGGCAGCCGGCGGCGGCGGCGGCGGCGGCGGCGGCUCCCUGCCGGACCACUCGACGACAUCCGUCUCUGCUUCUGUACACCCCCAGCCGGCCAUGGUGGUGACGGGCGACAUGCCGCAAGGCGGCUGGUGGUUGGGCGACAACAGCCCCUUCGCGCUGCCGUCCUCCCUUGACCACCUGACCUCGUCGUCGCUCCGCCAGCGCGCUGUCAACAGCAGCUACGACGGCGGCGGCGGUGGCGGCGGCGGUGGCGACCGGCCAGGCACCGGCGGAGGCGGCUUGCUGGGCAGGCGGCCGGCUACCAGUGCCAGCACGGGCACGAGUGCCGCCGUCGGCCGCAUCUUUGGGGGCAACCACCACCGAAGCACCUUCACGCCGCCGACGCCGCCCCACGCGCUGCUGCCGGGCCGACGGGCCGACGGCGUCGCCACCGCCUCCGCCACGUCAUCAUCCGCCGGGGGGAGCUUGGUGGCGGCGGCCGUCUCCGGCGCCGCACUCCAGGCUUAUAAGGUUCAGCAGCAGCAGCGGGACCAGCAGCGGGACCAGCAGGUAGACAGCACCAGGUCAGGGUCUCCUCCAGAAGGUGGUGACGGAGCCUCCGGCGCCGACGCCGCAGGCGGCGGCGGAGCCUCUGCCGCCGGCGGCCCAACGCUCCAGCGGUCGUUGUCGCCACCGCAUGCGCCGGUUCAACGGCCCACACGUGCCACGUCUGCAGGGCCCGUGUCCAGCUCCGCUGCCGCUGCCGCAGCCGCCGCUGCCGCCAACGGCGGCGGUGGUGGCGGCGGCGGCGGCGGCGCCCUACAACACACCCACCCCAGUCCCGGUCACCGCGCACGUGUACGGAGCACCUCGGCCGUACCGACGCUGUCUCUGGGCUCGUCACAUUACGGCUCCGGCGCUACCUUGCUGCCUCCAGGCCUGACCAUGCCGUUCCUGCAAGGCCAAGUACGGCCUAGUACGACAAGUAAGGUCACCACGAUGGGCGCAGGGUUUCGGAGCUUCGUCCCAGCGCAGAGCGCCAGCGGGAGCGGAUCCCGCGGAGGGCUCCCCAGCGGUGGCGGCAGCCCCGCGUGUGACCAACACCUUGCCUGUCCGGUGCCGGCCGUUUCCGGGUUGCCACCUUCUUCCCGCGCCUACAGUGUGGAUGCUCAGGCUCCCGGCCCCUCUGUUGCUGCCCACCCGGUAGGCCUGCCGCGUGCCCGGUCCCACAGGCGUCCAUACGGUAUAUCCAGAGGUCGGCAAAUCGGUUUCUACGGCUGCAGGAGGGCAUAA